AUGAGUGGUAGUGAUGAGGAAUUUGAUAAUUACUUGGACGAACAAGUGAAUCGCCAAGAAAGCGUGACAAUAAGGCGUGUUAUCAGAGAUUUUCAGAACCCUUUCGAAUAUUAUAGUGAAGUGGAAUUUAAACAGCGAUAUAGAUUUCGCAAAGAAACAGUAUUAAACGUACUUAUGCCGCUAAUUUCUCACAAUCUCGAGAAACUUACAAAAAGAGGACUACCAAUUACCCCAGUGUACCAGUUGCUAAUUGCACUCAGAUUUUAUGCCUCAGCCAGUUUUCAAAUUAUCAGCGGUGACCUUAUUAGUGUUAGCCAACCAACCGUUUCAAGAAUCGUCAAAAGAGUGUCCUAUUUGAUUAGUUUGCAAAUAAAACGGUACAUAAAAUUCCCAGAAAACAGUGAAUAUACAAAACUAAAAUUUUACCAGAUUGCGCAGUUUCCUGGAGUAAGAGGAUGCAUAGAUUGCACACAUGUUGCUAUCCAAAACCCUGGAGGAAAUUUUGCUGAAGUUUUCCGUAACAGGAAAAAAUUUUUCUCCAUAAAUACACAACUUGUGUGUGGCCCUGAAUUAGAAAUAUAUGACAUUGUAGCUGACAGACCAGGUUCAGUUCAUGAUAAUCGUAUAUUUCAAGCAAGUACAUUAAAAGCAAAGCUGGAAGGAGGAGAAAUUGAUGGCUUGCUUUUAGGUGACAGUGGUUAUGGUUGCCAAACAUAUUUACUGACACCAGUUCUACGGCCAGAAUCAGAUGCUGAACAAAAUUAUAAUAAAGCUCACAUUAAGACCAGAAAUACUGUUGAGAGAACUAUAGGUGUUUGGAAAAGAAUUUUCCCAUGUUUGUCAAAAAAACUAGCGACAAAUCUGACAACAACAUGCCAUGUAGUAGUAGCCACAGCCAUUUUAUAUAAUAUUUGUCGUUUGCAUAAUGAAAUUGAGGAGAAUAUAGAACCACCGGUGAUAAGAAGAAUUGGCAGAAGGAAUGCCAAUCCAUCCAAUAGACAGGGAUUAGUUUUUAGGAGAAUAUUUAUUGAACGACAUUUUUGA